AUGAUUGUAGAACCUGGUUCAUGUCCGCCAACUUCAUUAUUGUCUACUAAUCAUCGUGAACAAAAACCUUUAAUAAAUCGUUUUCACAUGGCUAUGAGCAAACCAAGUAUAAAACAAAAUGGUCAUUUGAAUAAAAAUGAAAAUCGAACAGAUGAUGAGUAUGGAGGAGGAGGAGGUGGUGGUGGUGGUGGUGGAAAUGAAAAUGGAAAUGGAAAUGCAGAAAUUUGUCCUAAAAUAGCCAAUGGUGAUAAUCGAAAAUCUCGUUCAAACAACCAUCAUAAUCGUGGGAAUGAUCCAACUCGUUGGUGGCUUGUUCAUUUUAUUCAACGUUUUAUUGCUGAUCCAAAACGUACAUUAACUCGAAGUCGCAGUGCGACAGAUGCAACACGCUUUCUUCGUCAUAUUCAAACACGAAUAUCGCCAGCAAUUAAAUGUGAUACUGUUUAUGAAGAAUCAUCAACGAAUACCAAACGACGAAAUAGUAAUUGUGAUCAAAAUCAAUCCUCUGCUUAUACCCGAAUGCGUUCUCAAUCGGUUCCGAACAAUAGUGUUUGCAGUAAGAAUCAUCAAUUAUUAUCUUUACAACGUCAAUCGGAUACAAUGACACGUUCAUCAUCUGUACACGAUCUUCGCCGACAUGAAGUUUACCGUGCAAAUGAAUUAGACUUUGGUCCUAUUAUUGGACAAGGUUUCUAUGGUAUUGCACGAACAGUUACUUUCAGGAAAACUGGUCAGAUAAUGGUUAUGAAAGAAACAAAAACAUUCGAUAAAGAAGCUCAGAAAAUCUUCGUUAAAGAAGUGCAAGUUCUCAAACGUUUAAAACAUCCCAAUGUUCUUAAUUUCAUGGGUCUUUUACUGGAUAAAGAUAAUCAAAUGUGUUUUCUUGUUGAUUACAUUGCCGGUGGUACAUUAAAAAAUAUCAUUCAUGACUUAUCUAUUCCAUUAACAUGGUUACAACGUUUACGUUAUGCAAAAGAUAUAGCUGCCGGAAUGGAAUAUCUUCAUUCGUGUAAUAUAAUUCAUCGUGAUUUAAACAGUUCAAAUUGUUUAGUAAAAUCUGAUGGACAAGUUGUUGUGGCAGAUUUUGGUUUAUCAAGAAUAAAUCUUGAAGAUGAUGAUUAUGCAUCAGCACCAAUGAACGAUGGUUCGUCGGGAUCAUUUCGACGAGAACAACGAAGUACAAGUACAACAAUAACAUCAAAUGGAAAUAUUGUUGUAGUUAGACCUAAAACUCGUCGGCAAAUAUUAAGAGAUCGACAACGAUAUACAGUUGUUGGAUCUCCGUAUUGGAUGGCACCUGAAAUGUUAAAAGGUCAAUGCUACGAUGAACGUGUAGAUAUAUUUUCAUUUGGUAUCAUGCUUUGUGAAAUUAUCGGUCGGGUACAAGCUGAUCCUGACUAUUUACCACGAACACAAGAUUUUGGUUUAAAUGUACAUUUAUUUAAUCAAAAAUAUUGCAGUAAAGAUUGUCCAAAACAAUUCAUUGCCAUUGCUAUUGCUUGUUGUGACAUUAAUCCUGAUUCAAGGCCGGCUUUUUGCGUAUCACAUCCAUGGCUCGAAGCGCUUGCAUUAAGUGUUGAAACGGGCGUUGGCCUAUCUUCGACUUCAAAUGGAGAUAAUUCUUCUUAA